GUUAGAAGGGGGAAAAAUAGUUCCGAGUCGUGGCGAAAACAGCGAGACAGCAGCUUGAGACAAGUUUUGGCUAAGCCAAAUGUCACAAGAACCGUUUCUUGUCUUGUUCGUAAAUCGAUAAACAUCCACGAUGUAUCAAGUAACAGAUUUUCAAAAAAUUGGAGUUGGCUUGGCGGGUUUUGGUAUCGCCUUCCUAUUUCUGGGCGUUUUGUUUUUGUUUGACAAAGGAUUGCUGGCAAUAGGAAAUAUACUAUUCAUAUGUGGACUAGCAUUUGUCAUCGGAUUAGAGAGAACUUUCCGAUUUUUUUUCCAAAGACAUAAAUUAAAAGCUACCAGUUUCUUUGUUGGUGGUAUAUUGAUUGUGUUGUUAGGGUGGCCAGUUAUUGGAAUGUGUGUAGAGAUGUAUGGUCUUUCUUUUGUUCAGUGGAUUUUUCCCCGUAGCUGUAAACUUUUUACGAAGAGUUCCAAUUAUAGGCACCAUUCUAGAUUUACCAUAAUACACACACAGUAA